ACAGUUUUUUCUUUUUUUUUGAUUGCAAAUGAAAUACACUUUAGAAGGCAGCAAUGCGCGCGUUAUUGCAAAGGCCGUGCAGUCCCUUUCCAAAGUGGGCAAGGAAAUGUUCAUCGAGAUCGAGCAGCAAGGACUACAAAUGAGGGCCAUAAACGCCACACAGUCGGCGGUGGGCAGCAUUUUCUUUAAAAGGUCCAUGUUUGAGGUGUUCGACAUGCCUCCAAGCUCGGACUUUUAUUGUAAAAUAUCCAUGAAGGGCUGUCUGGCCGUAUUUCGCAAUAUGAACGAGGUAGAGUACUGCGAGCUAAACCUUAUCGACAAUCAGACAAAUCUCCAGGUGAAUCUGCGCUGCAAGCUAGAGACCACCAAAGAGGCCACCAUUUCCAUUAUCGAUGAUCAGAACAUCAACACGAACGUCGACACGGACCAGAGACCAAAUAUAAUACGGGGCGACCACAAGCUUUUCAUGGACAUCUCCAACAAUUUCAAUUCCGCGGAAGAGGAACUAACAAUGGAGGCAAACACAGGCAGUCUGGUGGCCAAGAACUACAUCGAAGGCGCUCGGGUGAAUGAUAAAUUUAUGCGAACGCAACUAAAACUGAAGCCCAGCGAAUUCGACCAGUAUCAGGUGACUAAGGAGACAAUCAUUACGUUUUGCAUCAAGGAGUUUCGGGCUUUCCUGCUCUUUGCCGAGUGCUUGAAUGCUUCGCUGUCGCUGGAAUUCGACGAUGCGGGCAGUCCCUUCAUGCUAAAAAUCAAGAAACAUGGCGAGAUCGAGUGUCUCUUGAUAAUGUCCACAUUGUCUCCGGAUGAUGUAAGCUUCUCGGACGAUUACUGCCAGCGAGACCUGACCGUCGAAGAUGAAGAUGUGCCAGCUGCAUCUUCUAAACGCAAGAGCAGUACCCCGGGUCCAAGUGUGCAGCAAAAGCGACUACAGCAGGAUGGCCUGGUGGAUAUAGAUUCAAGUAUGGGAACCCCGCUCUUUCAGUUUCGACCCUCGGAAGCGCCGUCUGUGCAGCAGGCUCGAUUAUUAGCGGAGGUGGACACUGUGAUUCUGAUCGAAGAUGAGGCAGAGGAAGAGGCACUGAUGCUGGCAGCAGCCGACGCUGCCCUGGAGGCCAGCCAGUCGGUUCUUCCGACAACUGUGCCCGAGUCAGCAGUCGCCCCCGCACCGCCGAACAGUACAGAAGUUUGCUUCUACAAUACAGACGAUGUGCCACCCACGCAGUCUCCCACGUUUCCUGCUGACGACCAUCAGGAUGAUGAUGAGAGCAUACCGCAGUCCCCCGAACGCGUGACCAGGAUGCGCACCAUCUUCUCACGAUGUUUCCAGAGCACAUACGUUCCACGCGAGCCGUCGCCGAACAGUCAGGCGUAUGCUCCCAACUCCGAUACAGAGGAUUAGCCUAUAUUUGUUCGUUUAUUAAUAAAUUUGUGUGUUUGUAGUCAA